AUUCUUCAUGAACAUUUGCGAAUCGUGCUUGGCUCACUGUUGUUAGCGUCUAACUGCAUUCAUUCAACCCAGAAUUGAUUCUCAGAAAAGCGGGACACGUGACAGAGAAAAUAAGGAGGUAACGUUAUAUAAACACAGUGAAAGUGAUACAGGUAUGUUUGCUAGCUAGAUACGUUCAAAAGUUCCAACUGCAACAGAUUCAAGUUAAAUAAAGAGUUCUGUUCAAACCUUCCACCUCACCUAAACCUGAGGCAUCAUGCAUCAUCCUAGCCCCAUGAGCAGUGAGCUGGGCUUGUUGCCUGCCAUGUACUCAUUCCCUGGCCUUAUCAACGUCACUGAAAUCGGGAUCAAUAUUGGCCCUGCAAAUACCUGUCAACACCUGCCGGGAGUGUUGCCCCCAAACACGAGUUGGGAGAGACGAUGCAUGAGAAAGCACAGGAGGAGAGCAGAUGACGAAGGAUGCAGUGCCAAAAAGAGGAGGCUGAUGGAAGAGGCAGGAUGCGAUCCUUUGGAUUACCUCAGCCCCAAAGUGUUUCAUAACUGGCCACCAGGCAACAGCAGCCCCCCUCUACCUGAAUCAUCUAGCCAAGCACUCCCCCAGCCCUGUCUGGGGACUCAGGACCUGGGGCUGCCCUUAUCCGGGUCUUCUUCCACUCUGGCCUGUCCAGAAGCAGAAGGCUCCUGCAUGGAGGUGGAGGCAGCACAGAGGAGACUGCAGGAGAUUGAGGAGAGGAUCACCCUGGAGGAUGAUGACGACGAUGAGGACCUGGAUGUGGAGCCAGCACCCAGGAGGCCCAUGCUGGUGAUGUCUGACAGUCUGAGGGAGGGGCUUCAGCGUGGCAUCAGUGACAUCCUCCCCCACACUGUGGCCCAGUCUGUGAGCCACUCCUGUAUGGAGCUGGUAGUAUGGCGUCCCCCAGAGGUUGCGCUGGCCCGGCGGCUGAAGGACUCCCUACAGAGGCAGAGGAAGCAGCAGAUUACCAGCAGGCAACCCCCGAGCCCUAGUGCCUCUCUGAGUUCCCUCACCCCCACAAACACCCCAGGGGAGACAUACUCCCCUAUGUAUUGCAGCCCAGGGGCAGGUGCCCACAGCGCUGGAGAGGAGGACAUGGAGCUGUAGGGCCUGGGAGAACCAGCAUCAGUUGUGCCGAGAACAGCUACAGCUCUCAGCCUUGGUUCACUUUGUUGACCUUCGAGAAGCCAUGGAGAGGCAGAGAAGACAGCAUAGACAGAUCCAAAAGCUUCAUAGUGAUAUGCGUUCACAUGCUAUCAAGGUUAUCAGAAGCUCCUAGUUCCCAGUGGAAAUUUUACUUGAACGACUCUCCAUGUUGGAAUUACAAGUGGGAAACUGAGAAAAUGUUGUUACUCGAGAUGUGAUGUUUCAAAACUGACCGUUCACCUUUUCAAACAAUCAAUUUGACAAAUACAACCAUAUCAAUAUUGAUAAUCUAGCUAGUUUGACCCUAUUGUCAAUGUUAAGCAAACUUGCUAGCUAAAAUCUUAGUGGUUGAAGAAUUGUUAAGACUUCAAAAGCAUUUGAACACAAUCAUAUCGGACUUCCCAGUUUCCCAUUUCUCACGAGCGUGUGAAGCCACCAUAUUCAACGUCCACUUUGGUUCAAGACCAGACUGUUGGGCAGCAUGGCAUGUGUAUGCCACUUGGCCAAAAGAGGGCAAGCAACCCCUUUCUUUGCGUUACAAUCAGAUAAUGCUGGAUUUUAGUCUUUACUAUGAUCCAGGAAAAUAUGCAAUGGGACAAAUUGUAACAAGUACCACAAAGCCACAGUCAUUUACAAAAGACACCUUUUAAAGCUAUAAUAUGUAACCUUUUGGGCGACCUGCCAAAAUUCACAUAGAAAUGUGUGUUAUAGAUCUGCCAUUCUCAUUGAAAGCAAGUCUAAAGGCGUCCUUAUGCUUCCCAGCCAAAACAGUUAGGAACAGUUUGUGCAUAUAUUAUGACAUUUUGAAAUGUUUUUGUUUGUUUUGGACUUCGGUAACGGUUGUUUCGGGCAAACGUUUUUUUUCUUGAGGCAAGCCGAAGUCUGUAGCCAAAGUCUAUGCCCCUUCGUCAGUGGUUGGUCAACCGUAAAGAUUCUUUAAUAGUUUUUGUUGUGAUUCAACAGGAGACGACUUGUUUUGCACCAAAUAUCUUAGUUAAAUGUAGAAUUGCGCGACUAAGAUCUCCUUGGGAAAAAUGUCAAUUAAUGACAGAUUUCUUGAGUUAUCUUAGAUGAAUUCUGACUACUUUGAGGAAGUGUAUACAGGCUACGGUGUCUCAAAAUAGACAAAUGGUACUAUUGCCGCUUUUUACCUGUUUUUCAAGCAAAGGUCUUAAGGGAGUAUGUGAGCACACUUGUUCCGCUGGCCUAGCCGAGUUUGGCUAGGCACCAGCUGAACUGAAGCAUGCUGAUGCCUUAAGAAGUGUUAGUUCUGUUCUAUGUGCACUAUUUCUAUGCUUCCCGUUCUUGAAAUUCGUUUUUGUCUUUUACUUUCGGUUUUGCACACAGUUGAAAAU